UUGUGAAUAUUUUCCUUUCUCUUAAUGAUCUCCUGUGUAUUUGUUAAUUUUAUAAUUACAUGAAGUACCAAAAUAAAUCACUUCUGUUAAUUAUGGUUUGAUUAAUAGUUUAUAUUGUUUGCUUUUGGAACAUUGUCAAAUUAAUAUCAAUAUAUAAAAUUGUACUGACAAAAUAUUAAUUUUGUUUUUUCAUUUUUAUCAGGAGCCAUGAGUGGAGAAUCUCAGGUCCACGUUUUUUGGGGUGCUCCCGUUGGCCCAUUGGAAAUGACAGCAUCACAGGAAGCAGCUUCUUUAAUAUCCACUGCUGAGCCCUGGAAAAAAAUUCAGUUUUUGUACAGUCAAAGUCCUUUACAACUAAAGAAUGAAAAAUGCGAGCAAAAAAUCCUUGAAGACUCUGGUGUCCUAGAAGCCAUAGAUUCUCCAGAUCUUUUUAGUGGUUGCUUUCUAGCAAGCUCUGGAGCUAGAUCUGUUCAUGUGAAAGAUGACACCCUACGUUGUAUUUCUGAAACACAGAAAAUAAAAUUCCAGAAGUGCUGCCCCUCAAGGAUGAGUGAUGUAACUGACUCUGGGGUGCAAGUAUGUGGAUUUGAGGGUGGAAUUCAAUAUUUAGCUGAAGAAGAAAAGUAUCAAAAGCUUCCCAGUGAAAAUAAGACAAUCACAGAUGAACAGCAUAAUGAUCAGUCAGAUAUCUGUGGUCAGAAGUUUAAAAAAAAUUGUUUACAGGUAGUUCGUAAGUGCACAGCUAAUUUGGAUUUGGUCUGUAGUACUAAACAGAUGAUUACAGGGCCAGAAGCUAUAGAAACAAAGUGUGUGCACCAUGAAAUACAAAACCAGUGUCCACAGUUCUUUCCCUCUGAAACAGUAGAUAAGCCACGAUCUAAAGGAGUUGGUACAGGCUCAGACUUUGAAAUAUCUACUGAGACCGAGUUUCUAAGUGUCAUGACCUGCAGCCAAAUCGCUUUUUUAGCCCAAAGGCAGUAUAAAGGGCGGAAUUCUAUCAAUAAAGGAGCCAUAAACAUGGAGAUUGAACCAAAGGCAAAUCAGGGGGAAGAAAGAAUCAGGGAAGAUAAUUGUGUUCCGUCUAACGAUGAUCCUGCAGAAGGAUCCGAGUGCGGAGAGAACCAAGCACAUUCCCUUGAACUCUUUAGUCCUGUUUCUGCUGAAAUAAAAAGCAGCCACCUUGAUGUAAAUGCUGAUAAAGGUCUUGAAGGAAAUGGGGGAUCUCAGGAACUUUCCAGUUCUGAAGAUAAACCGCUACCCAGUGAGAUAUGCAUUGAGUCAUUCUGCUUGGGAAUACUGUGCUCCCAACUGAGGACCUGUCCUAAAGGAUCUACUGAAAGAAGCCAGGCCUCUAAAGAUACACCAGGCCAUUGCAGAGCUCUGUCUAAAGUCCUCCAAGUGUCUGAGAAAACCACGUGGACUUCUGAUGCACAAGAUCCUGCGAUAACACUGGACCGAAGCAAAGUGUCAGAAUUGAAGUGGUUUAAAAAGACAUCACUAAUAAAAAAUUGCAGUUACAAAAGUCGGAAGUAUAAUUGUUUAGUCAUGGUAUUAUCUCCAUGUCAUGUGAAAGAAAUAAACAUAAAAUCAGGACCAAAUUCUGGCUCUAAAGUACCUUUAGCAACAACUGUAGUGAUCGACCAAUCAGACGUUAAGAAGAAGGUUUUCCUGUGGAGGACUGCAGCAUUUUGGGCACUUACGGUGUUUCUUGGAGAUAUAAUUUUACUCACAGAUGUUACUAUUCAUGAGGAUCAAUGGGUUGGUGAGACAGUACUUCAAUCAACAUUUACCAGUCAGUUAUUAAAUCUUGGGAGUUAUUCUUCUGUUCAGCCUGAAGAAUAUUCCAGCACAGUUAGUGCAGUUGUACUUCAAGACUUGCUGGCCUAUGUGUCUUCAAAGCAUUCCUAUCUCGGAGAUCUUCCUCAGAGGCGGCCUCAGAAAGCUAACAGUGUAGAGUUUGUAGAGUUGGAGCAGCUCCAACCUGACGUUUUAGUCCAUGUGAUACUAAGAGUUGUUGAUAUCACUAUACUGACAGAGGCAUUAUACAACUACAGAGGACAGAGGCAAAAGAAAGUUGUGCUAACGGUGGAACAGGCCCAAGGUCAACAUUAUGUGCUUGUCUUAUGGGGUCCUGGAGCAGCCUGGUACCCUCAACUUCAAAGGAAAAAAGAUUAUCUUUGGGAAUUUAAGUACCUUCUUGUUCAGCGCAAUUGCAUGCUGGAAAACCUAGAAUUGCAUACGACACCUUGGUCAUCCUGUGAGUGCUUGUUUGAUGAUGAUGUAAGGGCGGUUCAGUUUAAAGCAAAAUUUCAAAAAAGUGCCCCAACAUUUGUGAAGAUGUCAGACUUGGCAGCACACCUAGAGGAAAAGCAUUCAGGUGUGGUUCUAAUCAAACCCCAGAUUUUUGAGCUGACGUUUCCUGUUACCACAGCCCAGAAGACACAGAUAACACUCAAUGCUCAUAGUUCUCUGAAAAGUAUUUUCUCAUCUCUCCCUAACAUUCUGUACACUGGGUGUGUAAAAUGUGGAUUGGAACUGGAAACAGAUGAGAACAAGAUCUACAAACAGUGUUUCAGCUGCUUGCCAUUUACUAUGAAGAAAACAUACUAUAGACCAGCUUUAAUGACCAUACUUGAUGGAAGACAAAAGAUUUGCAUCCAUGUGGGAUCAGAGCUGAUAGAGAAGAUUCUUCUCAACAUUUCUCCUGACUGGCUCAACAGAGUUAUAGUGCCUUCCUCGGGGAUCACCUAUGGGAUGGUGGCAGCGGACUUGCUACACUCCUUGUUGGCAGUCGGCGGGACGCCUUGUACACUGGAAGUUCAGAGCCUUUUUGAGUUAGAUGAAAACAGCUACCCUUUGCAAGAAGAUUUCUACCUCCUGGAUUUUUAUCCUGAAAAUGUAAAGUAAAGCCUGGAACUUAACGCCUUUCCCUGAGAUCAGAUGAAGAAAUUGCAGGCCUUUCAAGGAAAAAUGUACUGAAAUGAUUUGUCUUUUGAAAUAAAUCAAUGACAGGGCUUUUGCCCUGGGUUUUUAAGUGAAUGCAUUUUACAAGUAGAAUUGUGCUAAAUAUAUAAAUUAAAACUUUUUUUUAUAAUAAAAUUCUUUUAGUUUUUUUGUUUGCU